AUGUCUUGCUUAAAAUCACAGGCCAAUGGCAAUUGUGGCAGUUUCAUGACUGAUGCUCUACUAAAGACCAGCAAGCACACAGUCACAGCGCUCACAAGAGAUAACAUAAGCCUGAAACAUUGGUCAGAGCUCUCCAAAACCAGGAUGUUAUUGGUCAUUACUCUUGAUGGACAUGCCUCAGAGGGAACCGAAUUGACCUUGAUUGAGGCUGCCGGCGAUGCUGGUGUAAAAUGGAUCAUGCCGAAUGAAUGGUGCCCUGACACUACAGAUGAGGCGCUAGUGAAAGAUGUCUUUGUUUUCCAUUUACUGAAAAUCCUCUGUCUAGCGACUGCUCGCAAAGCUAUCGUUGAUUACGGCAAGAUUAACUUCAUUACCCUGUCUACUGGCUUCUGGUACGAGUGGAGUCUUGCAAUCCCUUCAGCCCUCGGAAUUGGUCUGAUCAAUCAUACUGCAACUUUGUUCGAUGAGGGUGAAACGAAAGUUUCUAUCUCGACAUGGCCGCAGGAACGUAAUCGGAUCGGUUUUGCAAAGAUGUUGUAUACACGAGUUUUCUAUCCCGAUGGUUGGGGAAACACUGACCAGAAGGGCACGCUCAAUGAUAUGCUUAGUUUACCAGAGGAUGAUAUUGAUGAAGCAAAUAAGGUUAACAUCGAGCGCUCAAAGACCUCUCCCUGGGGCUGA